AUGGACAGAGAAGAAGAAGAUGAAGACGAAGAUUUCAAUUCGGAUCACCAUGUUUAUUUGCUCCCUUGCACUAUUUCACACUUGGAGGACGUUUGGCGGCCCCCUCCCCAGGAUUGGGUGAAGCUGAAUUGUGAUGUCAGAGUAGGGUUGGAAAGCAUGUGUGCAGCUGUAGUCGCAAGGGAUCAUGUUGGCAAGGUGAUCUGGGUUACUAUCUCUAAGCUGGAGUUCUCUGACGCUCUUUGCGGGGAAGCGGCGGCUUGCUGUCUAGCUCUGGAGUCGGCAAGGGAUCGUGGUUUAAAGUUUAUUUUGAUUGAGAGUGAUUCGAGAAUAGUGAUCAAUGCUCUUAAUGGGAAAGAUUCCCGUUGGGAGCUCGACGACUAUGUCUCAUUUUAUAUUAGAUCCUCUCAUUUUUUUGUUGGAUGUAUUUUUGAACAUAUUAGUCGACAGUGUAAUUUUGCGGCCCAUAAUGUGGCUAACGGGGCGUUUUCCCACUAG